CUCUGUCUGUAACUGUAGCCUGUGUUUUUCUCUCCCUCCCACUCCCUGCGACGUAUAGAUACUGCAUUGAUCAGACACACACACACACACACACUCGCGCAGUGAGCCUCCCACUCCUUUCAUCAUUGAUUCGCUCUGCUCUGCUCUCCUUCUCUCUCCCCAUUCGUCUCUCUCUCUCUUUCCCCUUUCUCUCUCUUUCUCUCUCUUUCUCUCUCCCUCUCUUUACAGCGGCACUUGUUGAAUUCAACCCUUGGAGGAUAGAGAGAGGGGAGCAAAACGGAGAGAGAGAGAGACAGAGAGAGAGAGAUAAUGACAGGGAAGCAGAGCGAGGCUUUGAGACAGCGCCGAGGCAGACAGUGAGCAGAGAGAAUGGGGCUGGGGAGGAUAUAGAGAGAGAGGGUAGGUCGGCGGAAACGACAGACGGAGGAGAGAAUCAUCUUCAGGAUACUCUGAAGGGAGAGAGAGAGAGAGAGAGAGAGAGAGAGGGUCGACCUGACCGGAGCACAUCGGAGUGAAUCUCCUUCCGAUCUCCAAACUAACCCCUCUUCUGUCCCGGUCCAAGACCAAGCUGCUGGCGUGCUGGCGAGCGCCCGAGGCUCUCCGCGGCGUGUUUUAACCGGAAGACUGGCUUACACAGGUCAGAGCUGUCCGGGACAACAGUGAGCGCUUUGCUGUGCGUCUUGUGCAUGUGUGAGAGAGUGCCGUGUGCUGGUUUCCUCAGAUGCCUCUCUCAGUGGCGGAGUCUGCAUUAAAUAUCUGAAACCCCUCCUUCCUCUGUGGCCAAAAUGUCCCAGCUGCUCCAUGUGGAGAUCCCGAACUUUGGAGCCACAGUCCUGGGCUCCCUUAAUGAGCAGCGUCUGCUGGGACACUACUGCGAUGUAUCCAUCCUGGUCAAAGGUCAGGCUUUCAAAGCCCACCGGGCCGUCUUGGCUGCCAGCAGCCUCUACUUUCGCGACCUCUUCAGCAGCUCCACCAAGAGCCAGUUUGAGUUGCCCUCCUCGGUCACACCUGCUUGCUUUGAGCAGAUCCUCACUUUCUGUUAUACAGGGAAGCUAACAAUGGCGGCCAGUGAACAGCUGGUGGUCAUGUACACAGCCGGCUACCUCCAAAUUCAGCAUAUAGUUGAACGAGGCAUGGACCUAAUGUUCAAGGCGAACUCGCCUCACUGUGACUCGCAGACAGCGGGGUCUUUAGAGGAGACCGGAUCCGAGCCGCAGAGUCCCUGCAAUAAUGGCAACGGGCUGGCGGUGGCCGCCCUCCUGGGGACCCCUGGCUGGUCUCCAUCCCUACUGAUGUCGCAGCGUAAGAUCAAACUGGAGGGGGGCGACCCGACGCCCCUGACGACGUCCCUGGCGCAGAGCAAGAUUUCGUCUUCGGAGUUGGGGAAUCGGCUGGCCAGGGGCAGCUCCCUGUUCUACACGACGGCCGGCGGCACCGCCAUCCCGGGCCUGCCCUCGUACCACCUCCAGGGGGCCGGCGGCGCCGGAGCCGGAGCGGGCGGAGGGGCCGGAGUCGAGAGGUCCAGUCCCGGGGCGUCCAGCCUGCCAACCACUGACAGCCCUACGUCCUACCAGAAUGAGGAUGAGGAGUUUGAGGAAGAGCCCUAUGAUGGGAUCACGGAGGACUCCUACAGUCAUCUUUAUGGGCGCUCGGCGAACCCCUACGGGAUCCAGGACAAGCCAGAGAUGGCAGCGAUGCCCUUGGCCUUGGAGAGCCGCAACUGCGUGCUGAUCCGCAGGGACCUGGUGGCGCUGCCUGCGAGCCUCAUCAGCCAGAUAGGCUACCGCUGCCACCCUAAGCUCUACACUGAGGGGGACCCCGGGGAGAAGCUGGAAUUGGUAGCCGGCACACAGGUGUUCAUGACUCGAGGGCAGCUGAUGAAUUGUCAUCUAUGUGCUGGUAUCAAACACAAAGUCUUGCUUCGCCGCCUGCUAGCCACGUUCUUCGACAGAAACACUUUAGCCAAUAGCUGUGGGACAGGUAUUCGCUCCUCGACUAGUGACCCCAGUAGGAAACCCCUGGACAGCAGGGUCCUCAACGCUGUCAAACUCUACUGUCAAAACUUUAACCCCAACUUCAAGGAGAGUGAAAUGAAUGUGAUUGCUGCUGACAUGUGCACAAAUGCGAGGCGUGUCCGCAAGCGGUGGUUGCCCAAGAUCAAGUCGAUGCUGCCCGACGGCAUGGAGGUGUACCGUGCGGGGAUGGGCAUGGGCGCCGCGGUGGGUCUGGGCCUGGCACUGGGAGCCCCUCAACAAGGCGUGCACCUCCCCUUCGAGCCCGACUUCAAGGCCCUAGACCAAAGGUUGUACCCGGAACGCAAGGACCCCCUCAGGACUCACCCACCGCUGGCCGACAGCAGCCCCGGGUCCGGGGCGGCCGGAGCGGAGGCCGAAGGUGCGGGAGAGCCGGCGGUCCGGGAGGAGCAGGAGGAAGACGAGGAGGAUGCUGGGUUGGAAGGUGCGGACGGAUCACUGGGGGCGCCGGCGUUGAUCCCGGGAGUGGAGGCGGGCAAUUGUGGCGACACGCCUGCGGGGGAGCAGGAAGUGGAAAGUUUUGGACAAGGUCUGAGGGUGAACGGACAGUGAAACGUCCCCGCGGGCCGCCUCUCACGUUGUGAAAUCUGUUUAACACCGCGUUUUCUUUGGCUUGCUCUCCUACUCUAACAUCUCGCCCACCACUCUUUCUACUCCCCUGUGCUUCCUCAACGGGAAUUAUUCCGCACAAAAAGCAGCAGCAGCAGCAGCAGCGCUCGUAGACCUUACUGUACGGGAAUCUGUCACAUGCAUGCGCCCCCGUGUGCUUGCGUCCACGCGUACUUAUCGAUAGUGGAUGUGGAUCAUUCACUGUAGAAGUAGACACAGGCAUGGCAUUAGCACAUUAAGAUAAUCAACCCCUUUCUUGCUACACCCUUUUCUUCGUGUACUUAGUAUUUACUCAGUAUUUCGGCACCUGCAGCGAUAUUACCAUGGCGUGAUAGCAGAACAAAUGGCAGGAAUGAUUCAUCAUUUCGGUGUUAUACAAAAGCAAAGCACGCUUUGUUAGCAGUUGAUGGAUUUUGGUAUAAUGGUUUAUUAAUUAAAGAUUCUGUUUUCUUUUUUUUGCCACACAUGAAAAUAACCCAACCAACCUUUGGAGAAAAAAAAGAUUAUCUUUAAGAAAAGCAGCUUAUUUGUUGUAUGAUAAAUAUACCUAAAUAUAUGAUGGUAAUUUAUAGCACUACCAUUGUUAAACAGAAGAAUUUUACUUUGUGUUCAAAAUCUCAUUUUGAAAGAUAAGGACAAAGAAAGGUUUCCUUUUGUAGAGCUGCUUCUGGGCAAUCCAAAGAAAUAAUCUAUCACAUGGAGUUUUAUGCAUGUCUGCCUGUGACAUAUUGGAUUAGAUUGUCAAUGUGAUGCCUGUGUCUGCUCUAAUCUUCCUCUCCCAACCACACAUUCACACACAGGCCCCGACACACACACACAAAUGUGCGCACAUUUCUCAACUUAUGAUAUCAAGCCUUUAAUAUUUGCAUCGAAGCAGUAAAAAAUACACGGCCCAGGUUUUUCCUUGGAAAGAAAAUCCUAUUUGAUCACAUCGUUCUGUUUCGGAGAUGAAGAGAGAUGGAGAACGCAGAGAGGAGCGUGCACUAAAAAAAACUAAAAACCAACGCUUGCAUGCAUGAACACAAACAAUGGAUGCUGAUAAUCAUCGUAAACGACAACAAAGCCACAAACCUGCAUCUACAUUAGCAAACAGCUACUGUUUUUUACAGAUAUGCUAUUCAAAGACUUCUUUCCAUUUCUCACAGGGGUGUGAGCUCAGUCUGACUCCUGUUAGAACUGAAUAGGGUGCGACGCGGUACCGACUGUGUUUGAGUGAAUUUGGAUUUUUUUUUUUUUUAACUACGCAGCGUGCUGUAACCCCGUGUCGAGGAAAUUGAAUACAUGGAGUAGUAGGAGGAAGCGCACUACACUGAGUGGUAGAAUAGUACUGUUUCACCUUGAUGUGGUGCUGUGAUGGACAUAGUCCGGCUUCCAUCCUGGUUAUUCUUUUUUUCCAGGGGAGGGCUUGGGGGGGGGGUUAAGUUAUUGAAUAAAACUCACACGAGCGAUUUCUGCUGGCUUAUUUCAUUUGCACUCAAGAUUAAAGGGUGGGAAACUAAGGAGUUUAUGCUUAAUGUAACUGUACUAAAGACUGAAAAUGUCCUCCACAUCACCCUGAUUGUUCAUUUGAUGACAAGAUUGUGGGUUUGUAAAGAGAAAAAGAGAUCUGACUGAAGAUAACUUUCUAUUUUUCGGAAGGGGAACUUAAACCUAAUGUCGAACAGGGACAUAAACCUGUAUGUGUCAUACUUUUCUUUUUUGAUAUCUAUUCUGCUGUUCAUGCUUUAUGCCAUGCAUGUAGGGACAUAGUCCAAAAAUACUUGUUCUUUCUUUUGUUCAUUGAUUUUAAAACGAUACACUGUUGUACUUUCUUUUUUUUUUGUUCUUUUUCUCUGCGUCAAGGCACAUUUAAUCCCAAGGUCAGACCAAGAUAUUUUGUGAACCCCAAAGUUGCUGGCUAAAUUAAUAAUCCUUCCCCACUGUAAGCUUAAGAUAGCGUAAGCGAACAACCGAGUUGUUCAUGCUUCAGCGCUGUGCCACCUCAAAGGUUGUGUUUACGUGUCUCGUGUUGUAUUCUUAAGGAGAAGUUUUAAGAUGGACAUGAACAGGAAACACAGAGUUAUAAUUGCACUAGGUAAUGAGAAUAGUAAAGUUUACAAUGUGUGUAUGUUUCUUAUCUUUCUUUCGGAGGAAAUGUGAUCCACAGUAGAUGCAACAGGGCUUUGAUGGAACGACUGGUAGGAUGAAUGAAUGUAAUGUUGUAGCACUGCUUUGGGAAAGGGGUCCGAGUCUUUAUUGAAUAUUUUCAAAUACUUGGUUCUUAGAUUACUCCCCUUUUCUGGAAUUUUUAAACUGGUCUUCCAAGGUUUUGAAGAGAAGGGAGUAUUUACCUAUUAUAACAACAGUAAAACUUGUCUGGUUUAUUCUAUUUCAUCCCAAAGAGCUCCUAAUUUCUUUUUAGGCAUUUUGACAGUUAUAUACAGUAUCUCUAAUGUUUCCACAAAGCUGUUCAAAGCUCAAUAUUUAACAAAUGAUAUCUUUACCAUGUUUUUCAUUUAAAACCUAUUUCUAAAAUUGGUCUCUUGAGAAAAGUGAAGAUAUGCUAUCCACUUCUGAUUUGGCACCUACAAUCCCAGUUUAUCAUUUUGGAAGUCCUAGCUGCUACAGGAAUUCAACUCCAGUUAAACCGAAGUAGUCAAUAAUCUAGGGUGGGAAUCAUAGAUAUACUCCUCUGUAAGGGUGAAGUGGGUGGAGCAGUGCCUUAAAAAGACUGUGACUGUGUGGAUGUUGUUGAGAUGUGAACCUCUAUGAUCAGAGACAAACAACACAAAGUAGAUGUAGGGGUAGAGUAAAGAGGGCGGGGGGGCGCUGGGGUGUAAAUUGAACCUUCUUUAUACAAUUGACUGAAAAAGUAUUUAAAUUGCAAGGAUUCACUUUGGAAUAGUCCUCCUCUUAAAUUAAUUCUAUAUACAUAAACAUUUAUUUCCCUUGAUGCGUUCAUUUCUUCAGCUAAAUGUUUACUGUCUGUCCGCCGUCCAGCAAAAUAUGUCUGAAUCUGUCCUGGCCAACGAAAAAAUCGUUUUAGGAAAAACCUUUGUGUUCUGCUUAGGGUCUAUUUUUUUGUGCAGGGUGUAUUUAAAAUUGAAAGAUGUUGCACUAUAAUCUGAGCUAUUCUCAGAGAAUGUCAUGGCUAAGUAUUGGGAAGGGUAAACUGUUUGAGGUGGCAAAAAGCCAUGUAAAAUGUAUGUAAUGUUAUGUAUUUUACAUAUAUCCUUCAUUUGACCAGUGUCUUGUGAAUUGAUCUUUUAAUUUCAUGACAUAGAUGAUGCCAUUCACCUUGAUGAUCAUUGAAAAUAAUAAGACAUUUGAUAGAAUGGAGUUGUUGAACAGAACCUGUUUUUACCGACAUUUCUUUGCAAAUAGGUUGUUACCCAAUUCCAAAAACAUUAAAAAGUGCUCUGUUCCUACCCAUUACUGUAACAACUGAUCGACACAGUAGAUUUUGUUCCAUUGAGUGGUUUGUCCUAAAAAAACAAAACAUUUAUAUGCAAAGAGACAGUUGUGUUAUAAAAAUGCAUGCCAUUCAGACACUCACUCUAACCCAAUGAAACCUUUGAUCUUUAUGCACCAUGCAUUUUAAGCUGAAUUACUGUUGUCACUGUAAGCAAACAAAGACUGUGAAGUCUUGCAAUGAGUAGGGUUGUAUUUUUAUCACACACUUUGGCCUUUUAUUGACUGUUUGAAGUUUAAACUAUUAUAAUAAUGGCAGCAAAAUAGUCAAUCCAGGAAAGUGUAAUGCAGAGACUAACUACCCAGUUGAGUGUGCAUUUGAACCUUAAGCAGACUCAAAUAGAAAAAAAAUGCACUAAAAGUUUAUAUGUGUAUGUAUGUGUCCUUUAACAUAAUGCCAGCACUUUAGAACUACUUAGAAACAAUGAAACAAUGAAAAGAGGGGCCGAGGGUUUGGCGAACGACGAGAAAACGCAACUUUUAAAGCCAUGUGUUCAGAGCGCUGACAAUCAGAAUAGGGAUGAGACCCAAAGUGCAUUAUGGGAGAUCUGACAUGACUUGCUGUGCUCUUGCUAUUUGCUUUGUCCUUCCCCAGCUUGCUUUGGUCUAUGCUAGCUUACUUCCAGAGUGGAGGGACAUUAUAAACUCCAGCCUCCUUGGUUAUAAGUGUGUGUCUCUGCAACAACGACUGAUAUUUGACUCAUGACUUGGUGCUUUGUGAACAGAGCCGCCCCGUGUUGAGAUGGACCAUAUCUGUAAUGCUCUGGUUAGCAUGUGCCAGACUUCCGAUCCUCAGUCUGGGCCAAUUGGUAACCUCUAAAUUGACAAUAGUCCAUAUGACAAAAUAUCUUAUCAUGCAACCCUACACUUGGUAACGUUCUUCACUAUCAACAGGCCUUGGACCAGGCAAACUGGGAUAUGACAAUUACCGUGUUGAUACUGCUUCAAGUUUCAAAUGAAAAAUGUUUAAAAUGUUUAUGCGCCUUCUGACUCAAGCAUCAAAAAUAUAUACAACAGAAAUGCAAGUUGCCACUUUUGAUGUUGCAUAAGAAUCUACCUGUCAUUCCCAUCAUGGUAUUUACUGUCACCAGUUUCAGUUGUGUAGUCCAAGAGCAAAUGAUUUCUUUAAAUGCAAUACAGAAAACUCUGCUUUCUAAUAAAAGCCCUUACUUCACCAUA